GUUAUGUGUGUACCGCAGCAAGAUUACAGUUUGGUAUUGAUGUUAUAAACAAGAUUUAUUUUAUUCACGAUAUAGAUAAUCUACAUCGUGGUUUUAUUUCUAACAUAAACCUUAACAACUUUAUCAAUUACCACCAAAAUCAAACGUUAUCAACUGUAGUAUUACGAACAUUUUUUUGAAGUUAAAAAAUUAAUACAGUUGUUAAUUGGAAACUGUAGCGGCACAGUAAAUUGAUUAUACCAAAAUGGCACUUGAUAACAAUAUGGUUCAAGAUGUUAAUACUGUGAGAACAGAAAUCUUUCAAACCUACCACCUUAACAAGAGAGAUGUAGAAUUUGAACAAGAUAUUUUAAGGAAUCCUAAUUCAGUCAAAUGUUGGAUGCGUUACAUAGAUAAUUACAAACAAGGACCGUUUAAAAAAGUCUGUGUUCUUUAUGAACGAGCAUUAAAACAACUUCCUGGUAGUUAUAAACUCUGGCAUUGUUACUUAAAAAUACGUCGUAAAUAUUUAAAAAAAAUGGAGGAUCCUGAUUAUGAAGAGGUAAACAAUGUUUACGAACGAGCAUUGGUAUACAUGAAUAAGAUGCCUCGAAUCUGGAUUGAAUUUUGUACAUUUAUGCUAAAACAACCUAAACUUACUAUUGCUAGGCGUCUUUUUGAUAGAGCACUCAGAGCUCUACCAAUUACUCAACAUGUUCGUAUAUGGCCAUUAUAUUUGAAUUUUAUUAAAGAAAAUCAUGACCCUGAUGUUGCUGUAAAAGUAUACAGGAGAUAUUUAAAAUUAUUUCCUGAAGAUUCUGAAGAUUAUAUUGAGUACUUGACUUCAUCUGGACGACUUGAUGAAGCUGCAGUACGUUUAUCUGAAAUAGUAAACAAUGACAGUUUUGUAUCAAAACAUGGAAAAUCUAAACAUCAACUUUGGAAUGAGCUAUGCAAUUUAAUAUCAAAAAAUCCUUUGGAAAUUAUUUCAUUAAAUGUUGAUGCUAUAAUACGUAGUGGUUUAAGACGUUACACAGAUCAACUUGGUCAUUUAUGGAACUCAUUAGCUGAUUAUUAUAUUCGUAGUGGAUUAUUUGAAAGAGCUAGAGAUAUCUAUGAAGAAGCUAUUCAAACAGUUACAACCGUCAGAGAUUUUACCCAAGUGUAUGAUGCUUAUGCACAAUUUGAAGAAUUAAGUUUACAAAAACGAAUGGAAAUUGUUCAUGCUAAUCCCAACAGUACUGAUAAAGAUGAUUGUGAGAUUGAUUUACGGAUGGCUAGGUUGGAAAAUUUAAUUGAAAGAAGAUUAUUACUUUUGAAUUCGGUACUUUUAAGACAAAAUCCUCACAAUGUUAAAGAAUGGUUAAAACGUGUACAGCUUUAUGAAGGAAAUGAUGUUCAGAUAAUUAAUACAUUUACUGAAGCUGUAGAGACAGUUGACCCUCAAAAAGCUGUUGGUAGGUUACAUACACUUUGGGUUGAAUUUGCUAAGUUUUAUGAAAAAGCUAAACAACUUGAAGAAGCACGUUUGGUGUUUAAAAAAGCUGUUUUAGUUUCAUAUACUAAAGUUGAACAUUUAGCUAGUGUUUGGUGUGAAUGGGUAGAAAUGGAAUUGAGACACGAUAACUUUAAUGAAGCAAUGAGAUUAAUGCGACAAGCCACUGCUAUACCUUCAAGAAAAAUAGCUUAUCAUGAUGAUACAGAAACAGUUCAAAUACGAUUACAUAAAUCGUUAAAAUUAUGGUCCUUAUAUUUGGAUAUGGAAGAGAGUUUUGGCACAGUCAAGUCAACAAUGGCCUGUUACGAUCGAGUUAUAGAUUUACGAAUUGCAACUCCGCAAACUAUUAUAAAUUAUGGACUAUUUUUAGAAGAAAAUAACUAUUUUGAAGAAAUGUUUAAAGCUUAUGAAAAAGGUGUAGCUUUAUUUAAAUGGCCAAACGUUUUUGAUAUUUGGAAUACAUACUUAACAAAAUUUUUAGAUCGAUAUGGUGGUUCAAAACUUGAACGCGCCCGUGAUCUUUUUGAGGAAUGUCUUGAAGGUUGUCCUCCACAAUUCGCUAAAUGUAUUUAUUUAUUAUAUGCUAAGCUUGAAGAAAAACAUGGUUUAGGUAGACGAGCAAUGGCUGUCUAUGAAAGAGCUACUGAAGCUGUUUUACCAGAAGAAAAAUUCGAAAUGUUCAACAUUUAUAUUAAAAAAGCAGCUGAGAUAUCUGGUAUACCAAAGACCAGAGAAAUUUACAUGAAAGCAUUAGAAGUUUUAACUAAUAAUAAUGCUCGUACUAUGUAUCUAAGAUUUGCAGAACUUGAAACAAAAUUAGGUGAAAUUGAUCGAGCUCGAGCAAUAUAUUCUCACUGUAGUCAAAUAUGUGAUCCUAGAAUAACUGAAGAAUUUUGGCAAACAUGGACAUCCUUUGAAGUAGCUCAUGGUAAUGAAGAUACUCUUAGAGAAAUGUUGAGAAUUAAAAGAAGUGUUCAAGCAAUGUAUAAUAUUCAAGUUAAUAUGAUGUCUGCUCAAAUGAUGUCUGCUAUUUCAGUAGAACCUGAAAAAAGUGGAAUGAAAUUAUUAGAAGAAAAAGCAUUAGAAAACAAAGAAAAACCAUUGGAACCCAUCAAAUUCGUUUUGGGCAGUGAACAAGAUCGUUUACCAAUGGAAAAAGUACAAAAUCCUGAUGAAAUUCACUUUAGUGAUGAUGAUUUAGAAGAAGAUGGUGAUAAAGAAAAUGAAGAAAAUGAUGACGAUUUACCUGCUAAAAAAGAAGUGCCAGCAGAAUUAUUUGGUAAUUUAGGAGCAUAUACUGAGAAAAAUACUGAAUAGUUUUUUAAGUGUAUUUACCUGUAUUGAAUUUGAAUGAUUUUUUUGAAUAUAUUUAUUUACGCCAAUCUAA